GGACAUGCAGAGCCUGGCCAGCCUGAUGAGCAUGAAACAGGCAGAUAUUGGCAACUUGGAUGACUUUGAGGAGGAGAACGAGGAGGAUGAGGAGAACAGGGUUAACCAGGAGGAGAAGGCUGCGAAGAUCACAGAGAUAGUAAACCAGUUGAAUGCCCUCAGCUGCUUACAUGGGGAUGAUGAUGAUGAUGAUGCUGGUUUCCUUAAGCGAGCACGCAAAGCAACCGCUAAGCCUGCCGCUUCCUCCCAAGAGCUGAUCAACAAGCUGAACUUCCUGGAAGACGAGGAUCAGGAAACUCCUCCUGCCAUGAGCACAAAUCCCUUUGAGGACCCCGAGGACGACCUUCAUCCAAACCAUCUUAACCCGUUUGGAGAUCCUGAUGAGGAGGAGCCUCAUGCCCAGCCGGUCAUACAGAAGCACGUCGACGAUGAUUCCUAUUAUGACCACGAAUCCUCAAAUCCGUUCAGUGAACCAGAUGAACCAGAGACACAAAGUCCCCCAGGGAACCCCUUCGAGGACCAAGACCAAGACAUAGACCCCCAGCCAGACCCAGAACCCCCAAAGCCCAGACAGAGGAAAGGUGUACGGCCUGUUGACAUGAACAAGUACCUGUAUGCAGACACCUCUCACAAUGAGGAAGAGGAGCUUGAUGAAUCCAACCCAUUCUACGAGCCAAGAGCAUCGAGCCCUUCGCGGGCCCCUGCUGGCGGCUCCUCCCCCGAUAUGGGCAGAAGCCAGAAGAGGAAGGCUCCCCUGCCCCCGGGUCCCAGCUCUGGGCUUGGCCCCAGUCCACCAACUCCCAACCCACCCUGCUCUGGUCCAGACAGAGAGAGAACGCUGGCUGUCGGGCCCAGCCCAGUGGCAGCAGUGAUAGGGAGAGAGCUGGUCUCCUCGUCCCCCAAGCCCAGCCCCGUCCCAAGUCCAAUUUUGGGAGGGAAGCCGAACGCCAGCCAGUCUCUGUUGGUCUGGUGCCGUGAGGUCACCAAGAACUACCGUGGGGUCAAGAUCACCAACUUCACCACCUCAUGGAGGAAUGGGCUGGCCUUCUGUGCCCUGCUGCAUCACUUCAGACCUGACACAAUAGACUACAAGUCGCUCAAUCCUCAGGAUAUUAAAGAAAACAACAAAAAGGCAUAUGACGGCUUUGCAAGCCUGGGCAUCUCACGCCUCCUGGAACCGUCUGACAUGGUGCUGCUUGCUAUUCCUGACAAGCUAACGGUGAUGACCUACCUGUACCAGAUCCGCGCCCACUUCUCCGGUGAGGAGCUCAACGUGGUGCAGAUAGAGGCCAACAGCAAUCGCAGCACAUACAAAGUGGGCGACUUUGAAACCGACACGAAUGCCUCCAUAGGUCAGGACAAGUUCUAUGCCGAACUCAACGAUGUGCAGCCCCGCCAGGCUACCUCUCAGCUGGAUGUGUCUGCUGGUGGUGGUAACUCUGAGUCUAACGGCACUAAAGCUACAGAGGAAGAUGCAAUGGAGCUGGGUUGGAAGGCUGAUGUAGCAGCAGUGUCAACGAGCUUGCCAACAGCAGGGCAUUUAGAGUCCUCACCUCCUGUCCCAUCACCACGUACAGUAUUACCCACUACAGCCACAGACUCGACCCACACGACACCGCCAGGCUCGGAGGACAGGGGGCAUCUGCUCAAAGCUAACACUUUAGACAUUAGCGAGUUACCGCAGAGAGUGGAGAGAGAGAUGGAGAAAGAGAGACAGCAAAAGGAGAUGGGAGAGGAUAGACAGGAGGGAAGUACUGAACCGGUGUCUCCGACCAGGAGAGGGGUCUCCUCCUCACCACCCCACCAGAAACUGGGCUUUUCCUAUAACAGGGACGCUGACCUCAUCAAGAAGAAGAGGGCCAGCCUGCGUCACUCUGAGUCUGAGCCCGCCUCAGACACCUGCUCCCCUCCUGUCAACCACACAGACACGCCUCCCAAACAGGAGCCAGCGCCUGCAGCUGUGUCAAGUCCCCCGGCUGAAAAGAAGUUGCUCUCUCGCCAAGAGGAGCUGAAGGAGAGAGCCCGCCUCCUCCUGGAACAGGCCCGCAGAGACGCUGCAAUGAAAGCCAGCAGCAAGAACAUUCCCAACUCAGCCGUGACGGCACUAACCCGGACUACAAAUGUCUGCGAUGAGCGGGAUGCAGAGCGGCGAAGACAGCUGAGAGAGCGAGCCAGGCAACUGAUCGCUGAGGCUCGAUCCGGAGUCAAGAUGUCCGACAUGAGCUCGCUGGACCCAUCCAGCACCGACAGAGGGAAGGGAAGCAAGGGUAACACAGCUGGAGAUGUUUUGGACGGAGUAAGAGGUCAUCAUGACGAUGAUGGUGAAAGGGGUGAGGAUGAGGAAGAUGGGAGGGCUAAGGAGGAGAAGCCCCAUGUUGGUGGUGAUGAUGAUGAUGGUGGUGAUGAUGACGCUGUUGCUGCUUCCACAUCUGCGUUUGCACUGGUUACUAACCCACUGCCAUUGGAGGCCCCACUACCAACCACUUCCAGCUUCCAUGGGGCCCUGGAGCUUACUAACCCUGGCUCUGAACUAACCUCUCUGGGUACCAACAGUCGACACGUGGACCUGAAGCUGAAGAAGCUGGUGGACGUCAGCCCGAGAGGAGUCACCUCCCCUUCAUCCCCGUCCUCCACCUCCUCAUCAUCCUCACCCUCUGCCUCCUCCACCUCUCCACUCAGCCCUGCAGAAGGACCGGAGAAUAACGCUGAGGAGUUACGAGCAGAGCGGCUGCGCAGGGCAACAGAAAGAUUGCGUAGCCCUGUUGUCUUCAACAAGGACUCUGCAGUCCGCAAAACACAGCUGAAGUCCUUCAGCCAGUACGUGGAGAGCCGACCAGAGAUGAAGAGGCAGAAGUCUGUUUCUGAGGAUCUGAAGAAGGCUGAAGAGGACAGAGGUUCACCGACAGAGAUUGAUAUUCGCAGACCAUUUGAAGAAGAGAAGGCGUUCAAAGACACCAGUCAGUAUGUGGUUGGGGAGCUGUCUGCACUGGAGAGCGAGCAGAGGCACAUAGACGCCCGAGCUGCUCGCGUGGAGAAGAGGCUGCGCUAUCUCAUGGACACAGGAAACAAUAAAGAGGAAGAGGAAGCCAUGAUGCAGGAGUGGUUCAUGUUGGUCAACAAGAAGAACGCCCUCAUCAGAAGACAGAACCAGCUCUCUCUGCUGGAGAAAGAGCACGAUCUGGAGAGACGCUUCGAACUGCUGAACAGAGAACUGAGAGCCAUGCUGGCCAUCGAGGACUGGCAGAAGACCGAGGCCCAGAAGAGACGAGAGCAGCUGCUGCUGGACGAGCUGGUCAUACUGGUCAACAAACGGGACGCGCUGGUCAGGGACCUGGACGCCCAGGAGAAACAGGCCGAGGAGGAGGACGAGCACCUGGAGAGGACGCUGGAGCAGAACAAAGGCAAGAUGGCCAAGAAAGAGGAGAAGUGUGUCCUUCAAUGAUUGUUUCAUUUCAGAAAAACACAACCAACAAAUGUAGCCGAUAAAAGAAAUGUAUGGUCAUUAUUAUUAUUAUUAUUAUUAUUAUUAUUAUUUGAUAGCAGCUUUUAGACGUUUGAAUCCACGUGUUGUUUCAGUCAAACGAUCCUCUGAGACUCGGCCUGCGAUGCCUUUGCACCAACUUUAUACAAACUGUCCCACAUAUCCACCGUAUUUUUAUUUUCAUUCUCCCUCGCUUUACCAAGACAUGGUACUUGUAUGUAAUAUAAACAUGUUUGAGACGAGCGCAGACAUGUGAUUCUUCGUGUAUGUAAACCUGCAGCUGCACAGCCUCGGUGUGUGCAGAGGGUUUGAGGUACAGCACAACCGGGUUUAAUGGGGGAUUUUUCUUUAUAUUUUUAUUUUUAUUUUUUCAAGACGAGGGGGCUGACGUCUCAGUCGGACUUUUAAAAGGAAAAAAAAAUUUUCAAGCGACUUCAUUACUUGACUGUAUCUUUUAAUUAUUUCUCUGAAAAGUUUUUACUUGUAAAAUAUCUUAAAGGGCGUGGGGGGGGGGCACAUAACGUUCAUAAAACGUAACUUUUCCUAUUGCUUUUUUUAUCGUCUCGGCAGUUUACCAAAAGAACGAUGAUGUUUAAAAGAACAAAAACAAAAUAAAAACACAUGUUGUACAUUUUCCUCACUGCUCUGACCAACAGCUUCCAGAACCCUCUUUUAUUGUUUUUCAGAAUUCAUGCAGUCGAAAACACAAAAAAGAAUAUAUAUUAUUUAUUGUCCUAUAAGCUGCUUGUAACUGAACCUACCAUCACAGUCUCAUGUGCGUUUUGUCUGCACAACUUUUUUGGUUUCUAUUUAUUGUAUCCUGAAGAAUAGAAAUGUGCUUCCACGUGCAUCUCUCUGUAGAGCUCCACGGUGCAGUUGUUCCAUUUGAUCUGUUUUAUUUAUUCCAGUGUCAUAACCCAAGUCUUCAAUAAUAAAAGUCCUUAUGAUUUCAUAUUCCA